UUUUGUUUAUGAUAUUCAUCAAUAUAUAGUAAAUUGUUUAUCCCUAUCCAGUAAUGUUUGUUUUUUUUUUAUUUUUAUUGGCGUUUUUAUUUAUUUUAAAAAUAACUGAUUUAAUAUACAUUAAUAUCAAGGGAACCCUUAUUAAUAGAAUAUUCGGAAACUAUAUAUUUUUACAUUUUUACAUUUUUUUACCGUUUUUACCUAAACGUAAUUAUUACGGGAAAAUGCCAAUUUUUCAUGGGGAGAAUGAUGGAAAGGUGGGGAACUGGAAAAUGGGAAUUAAUAAUUUCCGAUAAAAUAGAUAAAAUAGAUAAAAUAUUAAGUACAGACGUAAGUACAGUUCGUAAGUACAGUAGUAAGUACAGAGUAAGUAUAGUUAUAUAUACAAAUUAUCAUAAGUUCAUAACAUCAUCAUUUGUUCAUUUAUUG